AAAACCCCCCCACAAAAGCCCUCCAACAAAACGCACUUCAAAAGCUUCGACAUCAAUCCAUUUUCUAGUUUCAUCUCAUCUUGGUGUGUAAUUACCCCUUCAACCAAGCAGUUUCGGGUUUCGAAAUGGCUCGCACGAAGCAGACGGCAAGGAAAUCCACCGGAGGGAAGGCCCCACGCAAGCAGCUGGCUACCAAGGCCGCAAGGAAGUCCGCUCCGGCGACCGGCGGAGUGAAGAAGCCCCACCGCUUCAGGCCGGGGACCGUGGCUCUUAGGGAGAUCAGAAGGUACCAGAAGAGCACGGAGCUGUUGAUCCGCAAACUCCCUUUCCAGAGGUUGGUUCGAGAGAUCGCUCAGGACUUCAAGACGGAUCUUCGGUUCCAAAGCGGGGCUGUUGCGGCGCUCCAGGAGGCCGCGGAGGCUUACCUUGUUGGAGUCUUCGAGGACACCAAUCUCUGCGCGAUUCACGCGAAGCGAGUCACUAUCAUGCCUAAGGACAUCCAGCUAGCGCGUAGAAUCCGCGGCGAGAGGGCCUAGAAACGGACCAUGCCGCAUAUCUAUCUUUGCUUUAUAUCUGUUUUUGGAUCUGAUUGUAGUUAGGGCUCUGUUUAUCUCUGUAUGUCGCACUCUUUGGAUUUGGUAUUACUGGAGAUGUAAAUCUGGAAAUUUAGCGAUGUUUAAGUUUGGAUGGAUUUUGAAAUUUGACAUACUUUUGGAGAA